AAGUCUCUCUCUUUUUGGGCAUUUUGGGUAUUCCGUUGCUAAAGAGAGAAAGAGAGAGAGAUGAUCGUAGGCUGUUGAGGUAACCGUUGGAGAAGAAAUCAGGGAAUCGGAAGAUAGGGAGAGUGUUUCUGGCAGCUCAUCGUCUGGCUUUCGCAGACUGAGCUCAAAGGUUUCUAUUUGUUGUGUGCUUGUUUCUUUUGUUUCUUUAAGAAAAAAUGAUGUGGAUGAUGAACGAAGGAGGAGGCCAUAAUUGUCCGAAGAAAACUGAUGACACCUGUGGUGAUGUUUGUGGCCAGGGAUCUAGCCGGCUGAGCAUGUCGAGAAUCCGCUGCAUAUUGCGUGGCAUUGAUUUGAAAACAUAUAUAUUUCUAUUUGUACUAGUUCCAACGUGCAUUUUCGGUAUAUAUGUUCAUGGACAGAAGAUUUCAUACUUCUUGCGGCCGCUAUGGGAGUCACCGCCCAAGCCUUUCCAUGAUAUCCCGCAUUAUUAUCAUGAGAACAUGUCGAUGGAGACGCUCUGCAAACUUCAUGGUUGGGGAGUUCGUGAAUUUCCAAGACGGGUAUAUGAUGCAGUGUUGUUCAGUAAUGAAGUGGAUGUUCUUACCGUAAGGUGGCAAGAGUUGUACCCUUAUAUUACACAAUUUGUUCUUCUCGAGUCUAAUUCGACAUUUACCGGAAUUCCAAAGCCUAUGAUUUUUGCUAGUAGUCGAGAUCAAUUCAAAUUUGCUGAGCCCCGAUUGACUUACGGAUCCAUUGGGGGAAGGUUCAAGAAAGGAGAAAACCCAUUUGUUGAGGAGGCUACGCAGCGAGUAGCAUUGGACCAGCUUCUCAAGAUCGCUGGAAUUACGGAUGAUGACUUGUUGAUCAUGUCUGAUGUCGACGAGAUACCCAGCAGACAUACUAUCAACCUCUUGAGGUGGUGUGAUGACAUUCCUCAAGUCCUUCAUCUUCGGCUAAAGAAUUAUCUUUAUUCUUUCGAGUUUCUUGUGGAUGAUAAAAGCUGGAGGGCAUCGGUCCAUAGGUAUCAGACGGGUAAAACAAGGUACGCACAUUAUCGUCAGACAGAUGAGAUUUUGGCGGAUGCAGGGUGGCACUGCAGCUUUUGCUUCCGCCACCUUAGUGAGUUCAUAUUUAAGAUGAAGGCUUACAGCCAUAACGAUAGAGUAAAGUUCUCUCAUUAUUUGAACCCGAAAAGAGUCCAGAGAGUAAUUUGCAAGGGUGCUGAUCUAUUUGACAUGCUUCCGGAGGAGUAUACAUUCAGGGAAAUAAUUGGGAAAAUGGGUCCUAUUCCCCAUUCUUUCUCGGCAGUUCAUCUUCCAUCAUAUCUUUUAGACAAUGCAGAAAAAUACAAAUUUCUUUUGCCCGGAAACUGUUUAAGAGAGAGUGGUUGAUUCUUAUAAUAACUGGAGAUGGUUUGGCUAGUUGGAGGUUCUACCGGUGUGACUCCCCACGAUGGGUUCGAUCGAACAAUGGAUGACUGCGGUGUCUCAUCGGCUAAAAGUCAUGUUCCUUGGAUGAAUGCUUGGGAAUUCUAGGUUUGUAUAUAGCUUUUCUUUUUCCCUUGAUUAGAGUUUUAAUUAAUUGGUGAAGGGAUGUUUCAUUUACUGAGCUGAGGCCUGAGAAUCUUCUUCCUGUUGCGGGUGCGUGUUGAUUACCUUUAGUUGAUUACCUUUAAUUGCGUAUUUCCAUUUCAUCUUAGCAACAAGCAAGAGAUGAUAUUCCAGUCCACAAAUCUUGUUUGAAUACGUCUGUAAAUUGUUCAAUGCCACGUUCGUCUAUACUAUUCAACACAGGUGA